AUGACUAAUCCUAACUAAUCAUAUCAAGAAGAAAUGGAUUACAUCAAGAAAGUGUUAUAUUGGGGACUUAUGGUCUCUGGAGCUAUAACUAUUCUUGUUGGUGCUCUUGGAAUAUUCACAGCAAGAUUCAAAACUUGCUGUAUGAUUGGCUUAUUUUCCUUCUUCUCAUUCAUCAUGAGUUUGAUAUUCCUAGGAAUUGGAGUGGUCAUAAUCAUUGUUUCAAUCGCAUCAAAUUAGCAAAUUGAAUAAUACUGUUAAAAUCAGACUUAUGACCAGUUUACAAUAAAUUUAAGUAGAUACUUUUUAAAUUACGUUGAGGAGUAUGAUAAGGCGACUUCAAAAUUACCUAAUACCUAUAUGUGCAGCUACUAUUGCCCUUGUGUACCUCUAGAUCAGAGUAAAUGGGAAAAUUACAAUAUUACUGUUGGCUCUCCUAAUUAAUUAUACUUCACAGGGCAAUAUUAAACUUUCAAUUAGUGCUAUUAAGACCUGAUAAGAGAUAAAAGAAUUUAGCCAAUAAAUUCAAAAGUCUUAGAUUUCAUUAAAAACUUAGAAGACGAGGAGGAUUGUUCGGGUUUAUGUGGAGCUCAUAAGUUCUGGUUUUAUCGAAGUAUAAAUAAUGGACCUCCCAGUUCUAAUUGCCAAUCUGGUAUAUAAAAGCAAUAUAAUUUGACGUUUGGGAUUCUUGGUAUUGGACUCCUAGUGACUGGAAACAUUGUAUUCAUGGCAUUUAAUGCACAUUAUGGUUUAUGGAGGAAAAGAUUCACAAGAUCAAAUAGCAGCAGAUCUAAUGCUUAUAAAGUUGAGGAUUGA